AUGGCUCUACGGACAUUGACCGCCGUAACCGCAUUCCUGGCGUCCAGGGUUCACGCCAAUGCUGCCGACAACGGCGUCCAAGGCGUCCCGCUACCCGCCGGCUUCUCCCGCGCCCUCUUCUACGACGACUUCUCCUCCAACGGCACCCUCGACCUGACCAAGUGGAAGCACGACCUGGGCACGCAGUACCCCGGCGGCCCGGCCAACUGGGGCACCGGCGAGAUCCAGUCCUACACGGCGUCGCCGGACAACAUCUACGUCACGCGCGAGCGCACGCUGCGCAUCAUCCCCGUCCACGACGGGCAGGGUGGCUGGACCUCGGCGCGCGUCGAGACGCUGCCGGACUGGGACUUUGGCGCCGCCGUCGGCCAGCAGGUGCGCGUCGAGGCGCGCAUCAAGCUCGGCCAGGCCGCCGCCGACGAGCAGUGGGGCAUCUGGCCGGCCUUCUGGUCCCUGGGAAGCGCGUACCGAGACGACUACCAGAACUGGCCGUCGGUCGGCGAGGUCGACUUCUUCGAGAGCACGCACGGCCAACCGGCCGUCUGGCAGUCGCUGCACUGCGGGCCGGCGCCUGCCGGGGGGCCGUGCAACGAGCCCGUCGGCCGCUUCCAGGAGGCCGGCGACGACAUCUACGACCGCGAUGAGUGGAACGUCUUCUCGUGGGAGCUGGACCGCCGGCGCGGCACCGGGGCCACGGACGCGGAGCUCGGCAAGGGGGAGCGCAUGACGUGGUUCGUCAACGACAAGCCGCUCUUCGUCCUCGGGCAGUCCGACAUUGGCAGCGACGAGGUCUGGGGCCAGCUCGUGGACAGCAAGAAGUUUCUGCUUCUAAACGUCGCUGUCGGCGGCAGCUUUGCAAAUGCCAGGGCCGGCUUCGAGACGCCGACGAAUACGACGGCUGGUGGGCUUGGAGCGGCCAUGGAGGUCGACUAUGUCGGCGUCUACGAGGCCUGGUCCAAGUAA